AUGCGUAUGCAGCAUUACGCUAUAUUUUUACAAGGGUUUCAAUACAACAUUAAGUACAGGAAAUCUUCAGAUCAUAGUAAUGCUGAUUAUUUAUCGCGAUUACCCAUAUCAGGGCAUAUGUUACAACAGGAUGUGGUGGACGCAUUUCAAUUAAGUAUAGUAGAAACAUUGCUUGUUACGGCAGAGAGAAUCGCGAGGGAAACAGAAAAAGAUUCAGGUUUACAAUCCUUAUUACACGCACUGCAAUCCGGAGAACGUUUACAAUCCUCAGAACGUUUUAAUUUAGAUCAGAAAGAAUUCAGUCUUCAAAACAAUGUAAUACUACGCGGGCACAGAGUAGUAAUCCCGCAAGCGUUACGCACAUUGAUAUUAAAAGAAUUACACGUAGGGCAUUUCGGGAUAAACCGAAUGAAAACAUUAGCGAGAGGUUACUGUUGGUGGCCUGAAAUAGAUGAAAAUAUACAAAUGUUAAUGGAGAACUGCGCUCCAUGCAAUGCAAACAAAAAUAAUCCGCCUAAAGAGAAGCAACAUUUUUGGGAACCGUCUACAGGCCCAAUGCAUAGAGUACACGCGGAUUUUACGGGACCAUUUUUAGGACAUUGGUUUUUCGUACUAGUGGCCGGUUUCGACGCUUAUUCGAAGAGGUCCGCAUAUUUAAAAACAUUACGGCAGAAACAGUUGUUAGCAAAUGCAAGGAAAUUUUUGCGUCGUAUGGUGUACCGCAAGUAUUUGUUACAGAUAAUGGUAGAACUUUUACGUUGGCGAAAUUUACAAGAUUUUUAG